AACAACCAACAGAUAGUUACAAAAAAGAACACAUAUACAAAUUACACAAGAAAAAGAAAAAGAAAAAAGAAAUAUAGCUCCCCUCCCUCCCUCCUCCCUCAAAAAUUCACCAGACAGACAGACAAACAGAGACUCCUUCAUUUCCAUCAUUUUCUUAUUCAUCUCUUCUCUCUCUCUUUUUAUUUCAAACACUUUUCUAUUAAUUCAUAUAAAAUCCCCCAAAUAUUUUACCAAACCCUAACCCUAGCUAUCCAAAAUUACUCACCUUCCUUUCAAAAUUAACACAAUCGGACACUUACUCACUUCAAUUCACCGCCGCAUGGAUCAUUUGCGGCCGUCGCCGUUUCUUCUAACGCCGCCUAGCCCUCUUUCAAAUUUUUGAUCAGAAUUUUUUUUUAAUAAAAAACUUCAUAAUAAUGGGUGGUGGUAUAGGAAAAGGUGUUUGGAUGGAGAAAAUAUGGAGGAUAGUGAGAACAGUGUAUUUUAUGGUAGUAAUGGUGACGUCAUUAUUGGUUAUAUGUUUGCCAAUAUUAGUAGCAAUUGGUGAUGUGGUGAUACCUUGUGUAUUGAUAUCGAGUUUUACAUGUGUGAAUUGUUAUACUCUGAAACAACAUUUUAGCAGAUACUCUUUUACUUCUUCUUUCACUGAUGUUCCUCUUGUUUCCCUCAUCAGAUCCCUCAUUAUAACCUGUGUUUAUCUAAUCUGUGACAGCUCCUUGAUUUCACAUGGGCAAUAUCUUGGAACAGUGACGUUGUGCUCUGCACUUUCAGUUCUUCUUUUAUCAGUUAAACUGUGUAUUUUCACUGUCAAUUCGCAACUCGAAGCUGAAGCUUCGUCUUCUCCUUCAAGACAAAGGCUUCAUCUAAAGAAAUCAUGGGGAAUGCCUGUGCUGUUUCUAUCGUCUGUGGUUUUUGCUCUUGGUCAUACCGUUAUUGCAUAUCGGACAAGCUGCAGAGCACGGCGGAAGCUUAUGCUUCACCGGAUUGAUCCUGAAUCUGUUCUGUCGAGCAAGCUUUUAUUUACGGCGGGUUAUGCUAAAGUACCACGAUCUCCAACUCCUACUGCUGGUAGGACACCAAAAAGUGAUACUGAAAUCAGACGAAAACCUGUAGGUUUAGGUCACAAUAAUGGUGAACUUCCAGUUAGAUUACUAGCUGAUGUUGACAGUCUAUUCAUGGGUUGGCAGGGUAUCACCCUACACUACAAACUUAGUUUGCCCAGUCCACCAUCACGCACACUAUCAUCUACCCUGCUGGAAAGACCAUCAUUAAAUGUCAUUCCAAAACCCCAAUAUCAUCUUCGGAGGAGCUAUAGCAAUCAUAUGCACAUGUCUCCUCUUUAUGCCCCUUUGUUAGAUGGUACCAAUUCCUUUGUACUCUCUGAAGAAAUACCUGUUUUUAACCUAGAUGAAGGGUCCGAUGAGAAUGCCACUGGUAGGCCUUCUUAUCAAUCACUAGAACAAGUUCCAGAAGUCAAUGGCCAGUUCGGGAUUGUUUUGGUGCAUGGUUUUGGAGGGGGAGUAUUUUCAUGGAGGCAUGUUAUGGGUGUGCUAUCUCGGCAUGUGAAUUGUGUUGUUGCAGCUUUUGACCGUCCUGGUUGGGGUUUGACUUCAAGAUCAAGGCGAGAAGAAUGGGAGGCAAAUAAUUUGCGCAACCCUUACAUGCUUGAUAGUCAGGUUGACAUGCUCAUUUCGUUUUGUAAAGAGAUGGGCUUUUCUUCUGUUGUACUUGUUGGUCAUGAUGAUGGAGGCCUCCUUGCUUUGAAGGCUGCACAACGAGUCAAGGCAUCUCCAUGCCUUGUUGAUGUGGAUGUUAAGGGUGUCGUUUUGCUGACAACAAGCUUAACAAGGGAAGUUGUUCCUGGAUUUGCUAGGAUACUCAUGCGUACCUCUUUAGGGAAGAAGCACUUGGUUCGUCCUUUACUUCGUACAGAAAUUUCUCAGGUUGUUAACCGGCGAGCGUGGUAUGAUGCUACCAAACUAACAACGGAUGUGUUAAGCCUCUAUAAGGCGCCACUAUGUGUAGAAGGUUGGGAUGAUGCAUUGCACGAGAUUGGUAGGUUAUCAUCUGAAACAAUUCUCACACAACAAAAUGAAUCGUUGCUGGUAAAGGCAGUGGACGAUACGCCAUUACUGAUUAUUGCUGGAGCUGAAGAUGCACUUGUUCCUCUAAAAUCUGUUCAAGCAAUGGCAUCCAAGUUUGUAAAUUCUAGGCUAGUUGCGAUAUCUGGUUGUGGCCAUUUGCCCCACGAAGAGUGUCCUAAGGCGUUGCUUGCAGCUGUAUUACCUUUCAUUAGCAAAUUGUUAAUUUCAGCAGAUUCUGAAAAAGAGUAGGUUGAUUAGAACUAGUUUAUUAAGAAAUUUGGUGAGUUGUUGGGUGGUGUGGGGGGUUUGGUUGUUUUGAUUUGUCUCAAGGGGAAUGAGUCCAAAUUUCUCUUUCCUUUUGUGUAUUUUUGAUAAGGUAGUUCGGAGCCAGUCUCUCUGGUUCUAUGUUUCGGGUGGGCUUUAGAGCUCUCUCACUCACGUGUAAUUUGUUUACUCCUUUGUGGUUCCAAAUGGGGUUCAAUCAAAAUGUUUAUAAGCCUGUUGUGAACGGUUAACUGUUUGUAACAGCGGUGGUUGAAUCAAAUUGUUUGUUAUAGAAGAUACACCAGUUCGUCGAGCA